AUGUCAGACGCACCUCCAAUGCCUGAAGGAGGCUUCACAGUUUACGAUUCUUAUACCACUGACCCAACCUAUGCUCGUUACUUUACCUACGUAGCUCUUGGUUUUCUCGCUUUGAGCUUUCUAUCAAACUUACCUGGUCUUUGGAAAUCAAUCAAAACUCAAACACUUUUCCAUCGACUUUCUCUAACCGGUCUUCGUUACAGACCAAAAGCUUUUCAUCCAUUACCGAACACAGAACCAAUCUCAAGAAACUCUUCAAAGACUUCAAUCUCUGUUUUAUAUCUUCAAGCAUUCUCUAAUAAGAUCUUACUACGCAAUCCUACUUUCAAAUUAUCUCGAUUUCGAUUCACCUCUCGACUCACUAUCUAUAACAUCUUUCUCAUCCUACUCAUCCCAGCUCUAGUUCUCGGUACUCUCCUUCCUAAAUCUGAUCUCAGUGACAACGCAAAUCGAGCUGGAUUCAUUGCUUUAGCUACUUUACCUUGGAUUUUCUUAUUAGGAGGUAAAAGUACUGGAUUAGCAAGUUUAAUAGGAAUAGGUUAUGAUCAAUUAAAUUAUUUACAUCGUUGGAUCGGUCGUGCUACUCUUACACUUGUUUUAAUUCAUUUCGGACUUUGGACUACUCAAUUUGCUAAAUAUGGAUCGAGAUAUCUUUCUGAAAGACUUUCGGGUACCAAAGAAUUAAGAGGGAUCAUGUCGUUAUGUUUUUUAUUUUUGUUAUCUUUACCUAGUGUAUCUUGGAUUAGACAUCAACCUAUCUUUGGUUGGAGGAUCUUCAAGUCUUUACAUGUGAUUGGAUUCAUUGGAUUUAUUAUUGGUAUUAAUAUGCAUACUACCUAUGCUUGGCCUUGGACCGUGGGUGUCAUCGUGAUAUACGCGGUUGAUGUGACUAGUCGCACAAUACGUUAUCGUUUCAAGACCGUUCAGAUUGAAGCCCUGGAAAGUGGUGUGACACGUUUACGAAUACAAGGUGUCACUGAUGGUUGGCGGAGUUGCGCAACAAUCUGGAGCAUAGGUCGCCCUCUUGAAUCCCAUCCACUUAGUAUUGCUCAUGGACCUGAAAGUGCAAGUGUGGCAGGUGCUGAAGGAAGUUUAGUACUCUUUUGUACCUCUGCUCAAAAAGGAGCUUGGGCAUCUGAUUUAUGGGAAGCAGCAAAGGCUAGACCAGGAAUGGUGAUCACUGGAUUGAUAGAUGGACCCUAUGGUGGCUUACCUACUCAUGCGAGCGUUUACGAAAAUGCACAUCUGUUUUUGUUGGCAGGUGGAAGUGGUAUGUCAUUCGUCAUGGGAAUGUUGGAUGAAGCCGUGAGCGGGGCUGUGAUGGGUGUACGUGGAUGUUCUCUUGAAACGAUAUUGUUGGUGUGGUGCAUACGUGAUCCUAGCAUGAUUGAAGCUUACAUGCCAAUGUUGGAAAAUAUAAUGGUAGCGAGUCGCUCAUCUGGCCAAGUCACAGUACGAGUUGUAAUCUAUGUUAAAGUUCCAAAUGAGUCUAUACCAGAAGAAAAAUCUAGUGUGAGCGUACGUACGGGUAAAUGUAGGAUUGAAGAAGAGAUUAAAGGAUGGAUUCAACCGGACGAAAAGCUCGGAAGGGGUAUAGGUGGUGGACGAACCAUUGUGGUCUGUGGUCGGGAUGAAAUGAUUUCCGAUGUUCGAAACUCAGUUGCUCGUGUGCCAAUUGAUGUAUCAGUUCGAGCUGGAGGGAUCAGCUUAUACACUGAGCACUUUGGAUUGUGAUUUGAUGGUUAGAUGAAGGAUAAGGUGUGAGAUAUGCAAAAAUAAUUGAUGGCAUUAAGGAUAAUUUGAUUUGUACAAUAUAUUGUAGCCUGGUUUGAUUUUGUUAUUAUAGGUG